UUGCUGAAAAUCGAACACAAUUAUUUGGUUGAAAAUCGCGCUGAUGGCGCUAGUGCGCGACUCGUGCCGCUACUUCCGAGUUCCGGUUCCACCGGCACCUCUAUCCUCUCUUUUGUAGCUAACAAUCGGUGAAAAUGUCGCUCGUUAUACCGGAAAAGUUUCAGCACAUUCUUCGUGUUAUGGGCACGAACAUCGACGGUAACAUAAAGGUUAUGUUCGCCAUGACUGCCAUCAAAGGUGUUGGACGGCGCUACGCGAAUAUCGUUCUCAAGAAGGCCGACGUAGACUUGGACAAACGUGCCGGGGAAUGCUCUGAAGAAGAGGUAGAGAAGAUCAUCACGAUCAUGUCUAAUCCAAGGCAAUACAAAAUUCCCGACUGGUUCCUUAACAGACAAAAAGACAUUGUCGACGGCAAGUACUCCCAGUUAACCAGUUCAAAUUUGGACUCGAAAUUGCGUGAGGAUUUGGAACGUAUGAAGAAAAUUCGUGCUCACCGGGGUUUGAGACACUACUGGGGUCUCCGUGUCCGAGGUCAGCACACCAAGACUACUGGUCGUCGUGGACGCACUGUCGGUGUAUCUAAGAAGAAGUAAUUUUACAUGUUAUUGGAUAACAAUAAAUAUUGAAAACCCAAUUCUAA